AUCGCCACGUUGAGGAGUUAGCAUCCAAUUGGGCAGAAUGAUCGGAUUGGUGAAAUAUUUGGCGGUUGCCCUCGUUCUUACUUCCUUGCCGGCGGGACUGAGAGGCGCCGUUCCACGGACAGCCUCGGAUUCAAAGGCCAUACGGCCGAGAUUCAGUGUGGACCCUGGUAGGAUUAUCAAUGGAACGGAGGCCACUCUGGGGGCCACCAGGCAUCAGGUGGGAAUUCGAAAGGCCCUCAACGAUGGCUACUUCUUUGGAACAGGACACCUCUGCGGAGGAUCGCUCAUCCGACCAGGCUGGGUACUCACUGCCGCCCAUUGCUUUGUGGAUCAGAUUAUAUACGACGGAACCUUUGUGCCCAAGGAGGAGUUCAUCGUGGUGAUGGGCAAUCUGGAUCGCUACAAUCGAACCGACACGCUGACCUUUACACUCGAUGAGCGGAUAAUGCAGCUGGAAAAGUUCGACCUGUCCACCUACGACAAGGAUAUCGCCCUGCUGAAGUUAAAUGACACCGUGCCCACCGGUCAUCCUACUAUUCGUCCAAUUGCCCUUAAUCGGUAUACCGUCGCGGAGGGCGUCGUCUGCCAGGUGACGGGAUGGGGCAAUACGGAAGAUGGCUACAUUUCCGAUAUCCUGAUGACCGUCGAUGUGCCGAUGAUCAGUGAGCAGCAUUGCAUCGACGACAGCGAUCUGGGUCAUCUGAUAAAGGCUGGAAUGGUGUGCGCUGGAUAUCUAGAGGUUGGGGAGAAGGACGCCUGCUCGGGCGAUUCCGGAGGACCACUGGUGUGCCAAAGUCAGCUGGCCGGCGUGGUUUCCUGGGGCAUUCAAUGUGCCCUGCCCAGAUUACCGGGAGUCUACACGGACGUGUCGUACUACUACGACUGGAUUCUGGUGAAUAUGGGCGAGGAUCCGAAUGCUGUUGAAAGUGGUGAUGGAAGCGGUGAUGGAAGCGAUGAUGGAAGUGGUGACGGAAAUGGUGACGGCAGUGGUGACGGCAGUGGUGAUGGCAGUGGUGAUGGAGGUGUCGAUGACGAUAACGAUAACAAUGGAGGUGGUGGUGCUAUGGGAGUCAUGGUCGGAACUCUUAGCCUUCUCCUGCCUGGAUUCCUUGCCCUGAGGCUAAUGACUAAUCAGUUCUGAUUACCAUAGAAUUACUUCAAUAA